UUACCUAAAUUCUCACUUAGUAGGCAAUGUAAAAAUUAUUCAUUGCUUAAUUGAUACAUAUAAUGUAAUUUUAUUUUUUUAUGAUUUAUAAUUUGUAUGAUUAUAAUCAUAGAAAAAUGUAUUCGAUACAGGUAAAAUUGCGGGCGUUCUUUAAUUAUUUGUGUGUGCAGCAGCGUGUUAUUCUCUGUUUCUUCAGUUUUCUGGCCAUUAUCAAUGCGUAUACCAUGCGUUUGUGUUUGGAUUUAUCGUUGAAUCGCAUAGUUCUCGACUGCAAGGAAGAGCAUGUAGAUCAAAAGAAAACAAAGGAGAAUUGGAUAUUGGAUUUGGCCGUGGCAAUAAAUCAAACGGCAUUUCUUUUGAGUUCUAGGCUAGCUGCUGGCAAGGAGGAAAAGCUGAAACCACAACUAGCACAGCACCAACAACAACAACAACAGUUGGUGCCAAUACCACACACAACAGGGCCUACUGGAAUAAGCUGUGCGGAAUUAUGGUCACGACAGUCUCAGAGUUUGGUGAUAAUUUCCUUUUAUGCCGGAUAUAUGCUAACCCAUAUUCCGGGUGGUCGUUUGGCCGAGCGAUAUGGUGGCAAAUGGAUACUAGGCUCGGCAAUACUCUUGGCUGCCAUUUUAACACUUCUCACGCCCAGUGCAGUGCGUGUGGGUGGUCCUAGUGCCUUGGUGGCCAUACGCCUACUCAUUGGCCUGUGUGAAGGACCCACUUUUCCGGCUGUCUCCGCCAUGCUGGCUCAGUGGGUGCCAGAGCAAGAGCGAGGGUUUCUGGGCAGUUGUGUUUUGAGUGGCGGAGAGAUUGGCAUCACAUUGCUGCAACUUGUCAGUGGUCUGGUGAUGGCGGAACAAGAUUGGCCAGUGGCCUUCUAUGUGGUUGGUGGUGGUGCAGUCAUUUGGUUUGCCGGAUUCGCCAUGAUCUGCUAUAGCAAACCGGAUAAUUGUCCUUAUAUAAAGAGCGAAGAGAAAGACUAUAUCAAAAGUCAAGUUAGUGACACUUUAAUAUGCUCUGCACAGGAUGGCAAUGCAAUGGUGACAAUACCUCCGCCACCCUGGAGAAGCAUGCUAUUGAGUACCCCGGUGUGGGCAUUGAUUUCUGCCUCUAUGCAACACGAUUGGAGUCGGCUGGAGCUCUCACAGGAGUUGCAAGAUGUGCUGCAGGAAUUGAAGGCUCAGGGCAGCACAAUGUGGGAUGAGGUGGUCGCCUCUCUAACACUAACAGCUCCGCAUAUUGGCAACUGGGUGGCCUCCCUCUCCACUGGCAGCCUGAGUGAUUUUCUCAUCUCUGAGGGCAUACUCAGUCGCACUCAAACACGUCGCCUAAUGUCCUGGCUGGUUUUCUUCUGCGGUUCCAUGUAUAUGGUGUAUGUCAAGGCCAAUUUCGGCCAAAUCUGGAGUUGUCUAGCUGUGGGUGCCUACUAUGCCGGCAUUAAGCUUCUUCCUCUCGAUAUGAGCCCCAAUUAUGCUGGCACUUUAAUGGGCCUCUCGAACGGCUUGGGCUCUUUGCCAAAUCUUCUAAUGCCAUAUCUGAAAGAGCUCGAAGAGCAAUACGCCAUAGUUGGUAGUAUACGAGUUGCACUUUGGUUGAUCUGUGCCAGCUAUAUAUCCGGAGAUGUUCAAUCCUAUAAUCAAUUGGGCACCCACACGCCAAUUGCUAAUUAAUGUGUUUCCUCGCAAUAACUGACAUCGAAAAUAAAAUUAAAGAGGAAUGAAAAUAAAUCAAAACCAAA